AGAAAGAUUCAAGAAGAAAAAGUGAUGGAGAAGAUCUCACUAACCCACGUCUGGUUUCUGGUUUUGGCUUCUCUGGUGUACUGCUAUUUCGUGUCUGCAAACCUCCCAAAGGGCAUUUUCAGGUUCAUAUCUCUAACCCCUGUUUUCGGCCUCUUCACUGUCUUCCCUCUCCUCCACUCCUCCGCCUUCUGCACGGCGGUCGCCUUCUUCUUCUUCACCUGGCUCUCCAACUUCAAGCUCCUCGCCUUCUCCUUCGACCGCGGCCCGCUCUCCUCCUCCUCACCCGCCUACAGGUCUCUCCUCACCUUCAUUGCCAUGGCUUCUCUUCCUCUCAGGUUGAAGAAGAAAAAUGUCAAUAGAUCAAAGAUUUUGCGGUUAAACUUGGCGGCGGAAAUUGCGGGCUUCGCGGGGUUGUUGCAGCUGAUUUUCCGGUACGGAGAUGGGGCCCACCAGAACCUGGUCUUGAUCUGGUAUUCUCUCCUGGUUUUCCUCAUGGUGGAUGUGCUGGUCGGAGUUUCGGGAUUCGCGGUCCGGGUCUUGACCGGUCUAGAUCUGGACCCGCCGUCGGACGAGCCUUACCUCUCCUGCUCCCUCCGGGAAUUCUGGGGGAGGCGCUGGAACCUCACCGUGACCAACACCUUCCGCUUCUCCGUCUACGAUCCCGUCCGGGAACUCUCCGCCGCCGUCAUCGGCGGCGCGUGGGCCCCACUUCCGGCGAUGAUGGCGACGUUCGCGCUCUCCGGCCUCAUGCACGAGCUGCUGGUCUUCUACGUCGCGCGCGCCCGCCCGUCGUGGGAGAUGACGGCGUUCUUCUUGCUCCACGGAGUCUGCGUCGCGGCGGAGUACGCGACGGAGCAGGCUUGGGGAGGCACUCCCCGGCUGCCGCGGGCGGUUUCGGGGCCGUUGACGGUCGGGUUCGUGGUGGGCACCACCUUCUGGCUGUUCUUCCCGCCGCUAAUUAGGAGCGGCGCCGACAAAAUGGUCCUGGAAGAAUUGAAAACCUAUAUCCAGUUCAUUCAUAACCAUUGGAGAUCAUUAGUGAUUGCGAAUUAGGACCAGCACCGACACCAGGGCAGUGGCGGAGCCAGGAGCAGAAUGGUUUAUUUUUUUAUUCUGAAUUUUCUUUUUGAAUUUACCAAAAGAAUUCUAGAAAAGAAAAAGUGAAAAUUUUUAAUUAUGCUAAUUUUUCUAUUUUUAUUUCAAACAAAGAAAUUUUGAAUUUUGUA